CCGUCCAGGAACCCACCAUGUCGUUGCCCACAUCCCGACGCUUCGUGGCGCAGCUCCUGGAAGCUCUGUCUCUACUACCACAAUCCGAUGCGGAAAAUCCGCUCAAUGCAGCAUCGGAGCCGGCGAAGAAACAGCUGUUGAGCUUGCAGGUUCUGUUUCCGAAUGAGUUUCUGCCUGCAUUGGAUUUGCUGGAUCGACGACUGGUUACGCGGUUCAGGGUGAUGGAUGAGCGGGAAGGACCGCGGAGGCCAUGUGACGAGCCCUCUAAGUCGACAGACAAUCACACAAGCAACUAUGAAACCCCGCUGCAGCACAACCCACACGACACGAUUUAUUACGUCCGCUCCGCCCAACAACGCUCCUCUCGCUACAGCGCGUCUUAUGAUACUACGACGUCCUACGAAGUCCGCCUCCAAUCAUGGAACUGCUCGUGUCCUGCUUUCGCCUUUUCUGCGUUUCCAGUCAUGCACUCUGAAUCCCCCGAUCUCAGCUACGAGCCUGCAAGCGAACCGCGACCACAUGAAGAUACUGUGCAUGGAGAAGGGUAUGCUAUGGAUGCGACGAAGCGAGACUUGACUUGGGCUUUCGGCGGAGCAACCCUCAGCUCCGAUAUGCCACCUGUAUGCAAACACAUCCUGGCUUGCGUGCUGGUGGAGGAGUGUCCUAAGACUUUUGGUGCCUUUGCGCAGGAAAGCACGGUUUGUGUCGAGGAGGCCGCUGGGUGGGCAGCGGGAUGGGGCGAUUGA